AUGGCGGAGGGGAGCGCAUCUUUUGGGCGGUGGAGCAAGCUGGUCAAGUACUUCAGCCGGCAGCUCUCCUGCAAGAGGAAGGUGGCGUUGCAGGAGCGCAACGCCAAGCUGGAAGGCUUCCCCCAGCUCCUGCACUGGUUCCGCAUCGUCGACAUCCGCAAGGAGGUGAUGGAGGAAAUAGCCCCCGGGCAGCUGAGCCUGGAGGAGCUGCUGGAGAUGACCGACGACCAGGUCUGCGAGACCGUGGAGAAGUUCGGGGCCAACAGCGAGGAGUGCGCCCGCCUCAACGCCUCCCUCUCCUGCCUGCGCAGCGUCCACAAGUCCGGUGGCAGCCUCUCCAAGCAGGAUUGGACCAUCCAGUGGCCCACGGCAGAGCCGGGGAAGGAGAACCAGCCGGGCUGCCCGCCGGAGCCUGUCCAGUGGAUCCGCACACACCUCUCGCAGAGCCCCAAGCCCCCUCCCAAGUGCGCGCAGCACCACUGCCACGCUGGCUCGUCUCACGGCCCCCUCUACACCCAUGUGGACCGCCUGACCGUGGAGGGCCACCCGGGGCUGUGCCCGCCCGUGGAAUCUGGCCACCGCUCCCUGCCGCCCUCCCCGCGCCAGCGGCACGCGGCUCACACCCCGCCACGCACCCCCAACAUCGUGACCACCAUGACGCCCCCCGGCACGCCGCCCCUGCGGCGCAGGAACAAGCUGAAGCCCCCCGGGACGCCGCCGCCGGCAUCGCGCAAGCUCAUCCAUCUCCUGCCCGGCUUCACCGCCCUGCACCGCAGCAAGUCGCACGAGUUCCAGCUGGGGCACCGCGUGGACGAGGCGCACACCCCCAAGGUGAAGAAGAAGAACAAGCCCUUGAACCUCAAGAUCCACAACAGCGUGGGCAGCUGCGAGAACAUCCCCUCGCAGCGCUCCCCGCUGCUCUCCGAGCGCUCCCUGCGGUCCUUCUUCGUGGGGUACCCGCCGUUCCUCCCCUCCACGCCUCCCGUCCACACCGACGCCACCUUCUCAGCAAAUACGCUGUCAGUGCCUCGCUGGUCCCCACAGAUCCCCCGACGAGACCUGGGAAACUCCAUAAAGCACAGGUUUUCCACCAAGUACUGGAUGUCUCAGACCUGCACCGUCUGUGGGAAAGGAAUGUUGUUUGGCUUGAAGUGCAAAAACUGCAAGCUCAAGUGCCACAACAAAUGCACCAAAGAGGCCCCUCCGUGCCACCUGCUGAUCAUCCACCGCGGAGGGAGACGAGCCGUGCGGGGCGAGGCAGAUUUGCAUUGCAAACCGCUUCCACCCACCCUCCCCCUGCCACCUUUUCUUUUCAGAUUCCCCACCGCACGGGCGAGGUUAGUCCGGACAGAGUCGGUGCCCUGCGAUAUCAACAACCCCCUGCGGAAGCCCCCCAGGUAUUCGGACCUGCACGUCAGCCAGACGCUCCCCAAAACCAACAAGCUCAACAAGGACCACAUCCCAGUGCCCUACCAGCCGGACUCCAGCAGCAACCCGUCCUCCACCACCUCCUCCACGCCGUCCUCGCCGGCCCCGCCGCUGCCACCCAGCGCCACGCCGCCGUCCCCGCUGCACCCGUCGCCGCAGUGCCCGCGCCAGCAGAAGCAGUUCAACCUGCCGGCCUCCCAUUACUACAAGUACAAGCAGCAGUUCAUUUUCCCAGACGUGGUACCCGAGACGCCGACCCGAGCCCCGCAGGUGGUCCUGCACCCCGUGACCUCCAACCCCAUCCUGGAAGGAAAUCCAUUACUUCAAAUUGAAGUGGAGCCCACGUCAGAGAACGAGGAAGGCGCCGAGGAGGCGCAGGAGUCGGAGGACGACUUCGAGGAGAUGAACCUCUCGCUCCUCUCCGCCCGCAACUUCCCCCGCAAGGCCAGCCAGACCAGCAUCUUCCUCCAGGAGUGGGACAUCCCCUUCGAGCAGCUGGAGAUCGGCGAGCUCAUCGGCAAGGGCCGCUUCGGGCAGGUCUUCCACGGCCGCUGGCACGGGGAGGUGGCCAUCCGCCUCAUCGACAUCGAGCGGGACAACGAGGACCAGCUGAAGGCCUUCAAGCGGGAGGUGAUGGCCUACCGGCAGACGCGGCACGAGAACGUGGUGCUCUUCAUGGGGGCCUGCAUGAGCCCCCCGCACCUCGCCAUCAUCACCAGCCUGUGCAAAGGACGGACUCUCUACUCGGUGGUGAGAGACGCCAAAAUCGUCCUGGACGUCAACAAGACGAGGCAGAUAGCGCAAGAGAUCGUGAAGGGGAUGGGGUACCUGCACGCCAAGGGGAUCCUUCACAAGGACCUCAAGUCCAAAAAUGUUUUCUACGACAACGGGAAGGUGGUGAUCACGGACUUCGGCCUCUUCAGCAUCUCGGGCGUUCUCCAAGCAGGCAGGAGGGAGAACAAGCUGCGGAUCCAGAACGGCUGGUUGUGCCACCUCGCCCCCGAGAUCAUCCGCCAGCUCUCGCCCGACACCGAGGAGGACAAGCUGCCCUUCUCCAAGCACUCGGAUGUUUUUGCGCUGGGCACCAUCUGGUACGAGCUGCACGCGCGGGAGUGGCCCUUCAAGACGCAGCCGGCGGAGGCAAUCAUAUGGCAGGUGGGGCGGGGGAUGAAGCCCAACCUCAGCCAGAUCGGGAUGGGCAAGGAGAUCUCGGACAUCCUGCUCUUCUGCUGGGCCUACGAGCAGGAGGAGCGACCCACCUUCACCAAGCUCAUGGACAUGCUGGAGAAACUGCCAAAGCGCAACCGCCGCCUUUCCCACCCGGGGCACUUCUGGAAGUCGGCGGAGCUGUGACCGGAGGAGCUGAGGGACGGUGCCUUCCUCCCCCUGCGCUUCUCCUCGUCCUCACCGCUUAUCCUCCAGGCGCCGUGGCAGAGCAGCGGGCGCUGCAGGAUGGGAGAGCUGCCUGCUCCCCGCAGCCUUCCUCCCUGACGGAGAGGGGCUGGUGGCCGGGGACCUGUGGGGACACCGCCGCGGCAGGGGGGUGACAGUGGCCGCGUGCACGGUGGCUGCGUGGCCACCACCCUGCCGAGCAGGGCUGGGUGGCUUCAAUUUAACACCAGGGCUUCUCUGAUCCCAAUCAGCAUGGUCAGUGCUCACGUCGCUCCUUUGGGGCCGGCUUGCUUUUUGGUUCUUAGGGAUUUUAUUUAAUUUUCUUUUUCAUGAAAAAAAAAAAUCGAGGGGGGGGGUGGGGUGGGGAGGGGGAACGCUGCUGAUUCACGGGUUCCGUGCUGCUGCUAUUAGCUGCCCCCCGCCGGGAAAUGCAUCUGCAGCGUCCCGCUCCUCGGCACCCCGUGGCGGGCAGCGGUGACCUUUCACAAGUGGCUUCUCCGCUCCCGGCCGUGCCCACUUAGGCUCCCCCUGGCUCUCCCUCUCAGCAGGGCACAGCUACACGGCCCCGCUAAAUUAGCCCUUGGCCCCGGCGCGGAGCUAAUCAGCCGACCUCUCUGCCUCGCCUCUCCCCCUUGCUUCGGGCUCUCUCCAGAAAUAGCUGCGCCGUGCCAAGGGCUGUUAUUCGGAUGCUCGAGGGCUGGACAAUCUUGUGGGUUAUUUUUUUGGGCUUGUCUGUAGAGCAGCGGGAGCAGGCUCUGGUUGUACAGAGCCAGCAUCCCCUUCCCAGCCCCGUAGCUGUCCCAGCAUCCCGGACAUCCACCAUCCAUCAGCCAAAGCUCCGAGCUCGCCGCUCUUGGGGCAGCAUCUUGGGGCCAGUGCCGUGUCUCGUGCCGGUGUUUCCCUCUCCCUGCUGGCUCGGCUGGGUCCCCGAGCCCAUUAGAUGAGCUGUCAAGUGACAGCAGAGAGCAAAUUGCAUUCUCAGGCUCUAACCGAGCGUAAUUGCUUGACAGGAGCUGCCCUGAAUAAUUCAGUCGUGGUGUGAGUUGGUUUUAAUUCGGAGCUGUUACACAGCUCUGCAAACUAACCGGCACUGUGGUUUUUGCUGCUCCUCCGACCGGCUCUUGCUGGUGUUUUCUGCUGCUUUGGCUGAAAUCGAUGAGGAUCAGAAGCCUCUGCUAAGCGCUGGAGGUGGGAAGAGCCGUGGGAACAGGGAGGUCCUGGAGGCUCCUUCCUUAAGAAGGUCCUGGGAAAAGGUUGCUCUGGACGGGGAACAGGCUGGUGCUUUGGGGGCACGUCCUGUGCCGUGCUGUCAUGUCCCCGCUGCUUUGCACAAAGCGAGGAGGAGGCAGCGGGACCGAGUCUGUGUUUGGCCAUGAGGGGGUGAGCCUAGGUGAGCGUAGGGUGCAUGCCAGGCUGUGCCAAUUCCCCUGGCACCGGGCAGCACCGGCCCUUUGUGGACCCUCUGCACGAUGCAGCAGAGCUCGGCAUAGGUGGGCGAGCAUCUCCCCGCCCUGGUGAUGUAGGAUGCUCUGCAUCUGCUCGCCCUCUGCCUCCUCCACGUCCCUCCUCUUCCCUUGCUCACACAAACCAGCUUCAUCUCACCCUGGGCCACCACAGCGGUGUCCUCCGCUGCCUGCCCUCCCCUCCCAAAGCCUCCUCUUGCACUCCCCAUCCUCUGUGUGCGUGCCAUAAAGUGUUGCACUAAAGCUCAGAGCCUCUCUGAGUUCUCACCAAUGCCUUUGCUUGCAGCAGCCCCGGGGACUGCGGGUCUCUGGGGAUGGGGACUGGUCCCCACGUCCUGUCCCCACCGCUCCUGUCCCUGUUGCUCGUGCCAGCAGGCUGAGCACCCACAGCUCUGUGCGCCCCGGGAUGGGCACGAGGGGGAAUCCACGGCACGGGCACUUUGUGUUGGAAAGCUCAAGGAGGUGAUGCCGUGGCUGAUGCUCAGCAUCAGGGGUAGCAAGGUCCUCUGGCCUGGCAGGCACUGUGCAGAUUUGUGGUGGAGGUACUUGAAAGACUUUCUGAAGACCUGCUGUGCUUUGGGUGUCUGAAGGUUGCUGAGGGAUGCUACAGCCAACAGGUCUCGCCCAGCCCGGCUCUGCCCUUUCUGCCCUAUUUUUUCUUCCUGGGGGCAUCUCCCCCCAGGGCACAAGCAGAGGGACCAUCGCACAGUGGCACCAACAAAAAAAUAGCUGCCCUCUAUUUACCAUAAACGAGCCCAGAAGAGCAGCUCCCUCCCUUCCAUUCAGCGCAGCAGCGGCUGUUUGUGCAGCCGUGUUAUUUGCAUCAUGCCUUCUUAUUUCUGAAAGUCUUAAUUAUUUUUUAGAAAUGCAAAUCUUAUUUAUUUAUUUUUCAUUGUUUUUUAUUUUUUGACUCCAGCUUUGUGCGUUUUUUUUUUUUUUUUUUUUAAUUUUAUUUAUUUCCCUAGUUUAAAAAUAUCCAGCCCUUCAGCACGGAGGGGAUGUGGGAGCCGCUCUCCACAAUGCCCCCUAAUAGGACAUCUGACGGCGCGAGGAGCUUCCUCCGCCCGCUCCAUCGAGCGGCACGAGCCAGGGGGAGGCAGGGAUUUAUUUGGGGAUGCUCCAUGCAGGAGACAAGAUAUUAGAGAGGCAUUUUAAGCAGCAGCUCCAUGCAUAGGGAACCAUCCCCAAACCCAGGGGACCCCCGCAGCGCCCUUCUUGGGUGGCUGAAUUAGAGCUGGGCUGGGUGCCUGUGGCUUGGAGCUGCUCAGCCUUCGGGUUUGGCAGAUGCUGCUGCAGGCUCGGUGCAAACAGCUCAGUCUCGACAUCUGGGGACGGUGGGACACACGUGUCCCCACCCCAGCUGGCAUCUCCUGUCUCCUGGGGGCCACCAGCCACCCAAGCUGCCCCGGGCGGCGCAGGGUGGGAGCCGGCGGGGCGGUGGGCACGCUUUGCCUCCUCUCCCUUUAAUUUAUUUUAAUUUAAUUUAACUUCUCUUGGUUUGCAAAUAAGUGGUUUCUCGGGAAGCUUUGUCAGCCUUCUUGAUUUCUGUUCCCUGUAAAGUACGCUGUUACAUUUCCUUGUACAUAAGGUAUAUAUAAAUAUAUAUACAUAUCUCUAUAUGUAUGUAUAUAGAUAUAUACAUAUAUAACAAGCUCCGAAUCCUGUACAGUUUCAAACUGAACUCGAUGGCUGCUUUGUUUUCUCCGUGUUAGUUCUGACCGUUGCAGAAUGAGCUGGUUUUAAUUUCCCGUUUUUCCUCUUUCUGUUUUCUUUUUAUAAAUAUAUACAUAAAUAUAUAUAUAUAUAUUUUGUUGUUGUCGUUGCAAGACUCUUGUCACUGGAAAAGAACAAUUGUUUCUGGUGAAAAAAAAAAAAAGAAAGAAAAAAAACACACACACACAAAAAAAAGCUGAGAAAGGCACGAUGGAUCUCCCCGAUGUAAAUUUGUACAGUAACAUUUAUAACGUUUUCUACACUUUAAGAAAGUAUUUAUAAUUUCCGCUGUCUGACUGAGUGCGAAUCUCCGUGACCUGCAGAACUGGUUAGCCCUUCGUUCCCGUGGUUUGUCGUGCAGUGUUUGGUGAGGUGACAGUGUAUGAAUUAUUUAUGCCAAUAAAAAACCACUUGGAAAACCA